CGCCUUGGAGUAUUUCCUGUCUCCUGUCCCUGCCUCGCUGGGUAAUCAACUCUCCUUGGUCUGUAGAAAUUCCCCUCUUCACCUCUGUGCCCUGGGGCUGUUGUCUCUUUGGCUUGGCCCUUGGGUCUCUGUGAAUCUUCUUUUUUGCGUUCUGGUCCACACCCAUCCCACUCCUUGGCCACAUCCUAUUCGGACCUCACUCUCAGCUUGUCCUGUCGGAGGCUUAAAGAAGAAUGGACGGAUUCACGUGGAGGUAGAAGCAGAAAUUGUCCUUGUCUGAUAGGCUUCUGGCAGCAGCAGGAACAUUUCGGGAGCCAUGGGCCGCCGGCUCAUCCGUGGUCUCUCUGGAGCCACUAUUUUCCUUAUCGGCAUGGCUCUCCUUUCUGUAAGGCAUCGUGGGGCUCAAGAAACAGCCCCAUACCCGGGGCUCGGAGAAGGGUUGUCGGAGAAUCCAGAGCAACAGGCCAAAGUGAGCCCAAAGGAUGGUGGAGGUGAUUGCAGGAGGCAGAAAGACCUGCAGGCCCAUCCUCAGGAUGAAUACAGGACUGGGGGAGGCCUGAAGCUUCGGGACAUUUUCAUAGCUGUGAAGACGACCAAGAGAUUUCACCAGAGCAGGAUGGAGCUGCUCUUGGACACGUGGAUAUCCCGGGCAAGAGAGCAAACAUAUGUCUUCACUGAUGAAGAAGAUGAAGCCCUGAAAAGGAGAAUGGGCGACCACGUGGUGUUCACCAACUGCUCUGCUGAGCACAGCCACCUUGCCCUCUCCUGCAAGAUGGCUGCAGAGUUCAAUGCAUUUCUGGCCAGCGACCAGAGCUGGUUUUGCCACAUGGACGACGACAAUUAUUUGAACCCUCGGGCCCUCCUGAAGCUCUUGUCCUCCUACUCUGCAGCAUGGGAUGUCUACCUAGGGAAACCCAGCCUAAAUCGACCCAUCCGGGCCUCUGAAACAUUGCCUAACAAAAAGACGAAAUCUGUGCGUUUCUGGUUUGCCACAGGAGGGGCUGGGUUCUGCAUCAGUCGCAAGCUGGCAAGCAAGAUGGUGCCUUGGGCCAGUGGCAGGAACUUCCUGAGCACCUCAGAGCUCAUCCGCUUGCCAGAUGACUGCACCGUGGGUUACAUCAUUGAGUGCAAAGUCGGUGGGCAGCUGCUGUCCAAUGCACUCUUCCACUCUCACCUGGAGAACCUGCAGCUCAUCCCCUCAUCUCAGCUCACUCAGCAGGUCACCGUCAGUUAUGGUGUCUUUGAGAAUAAGCUCAAUGUUAUUGAACUCAGUGGCCCCUUCUCACCCCAGGAGGAUCCCUCAAGCAGGUUUCGAUCACUUCACUGUCGCCUCUAUCCGGACACCUCCUGGUGCCUGCAGCCUGUUGGCCGGUGAUGCCUGAGCCUCAGCAACAGUCUCCUGGUGACCUCUGUUCACCUUGUGCAUGUCGAGGGUGGGACACUGAGUAAGCUUGGUGCUCCCAACUUCCCCCUUGCGAUGAUGGCCUUGGGGCUGUGUGAUGACUUUUUGGUCUUUGCUGAGUCCUGGUGACACAAGACAAGAGAAAUCUGUGCCAAAUAUGAAUAACAUGGGCUGGACACAUGCAUGUGGCUUUCCCUCUCUGCUGAGAUGCUUACAGGGGAUGGGAGCAGUAUGCCUUCCUGAACAAAGCAAGGCUUGGGUGGUGGCUGCUGGGCAUCUGGAUAGAGAUGGGGACCUACUUCCCCUUGCUGUGGAUUCAUCCUAUUGGACUAGAAAGGCUCUGGGUCUGGGUACCCAGGGCCUGACUGAGAAUCACUGAUACCAUAUCUUUGCUCCAGCCUCUCUGAGCAGGCCCUCUUCCUCCACAUCUGCCUGUGCUUACCCCAUUGCUGACUCUUCCCAGCCACAGUCCCUUGUCUGAGUGUCUGCUAAGUCAAGGUCUGAUUCUGACCACCCUUUACGGAAGGAGAAUGUGGCCAUUUCUUCUGAAUUAGUGCUGGAAAGGCACAGUUCUUGCCCUGUAAAGGAGAGAUGAGCAGAAAGUACAAAAGAAUCAGGAAUUCCCCUCUGAUGGGACAAAGGAGAGGGUAGGGGAUGGCAGGGGACAGGAGGAGAGAGACAGAGAGGAAGAUGGUUCCUGCACUGAAUGUUGAAGGCUUGCUCUUUUAUGGCCCUGCAUUAUUCCUCUCUCUUUACCUUCUUGAUAUGGGGUCAGGAUAAUCUUUUGCUCUAAUUAACAACCUGUCGUUGGAGAUUAGACUCCAACUCCUACCUGUGAAAGAAGAGACAUAAAGGAUUAGAACUGGCUGAAAGAGAGAAGAAAGGAAGAGAUGGAGAAGGAAUGCUCAGGAGCGGAUUAGAGGUUACAGCUUUAUAAUCUUCCCUGUGCCCCUGACCAAAAAAACUUAAGUCAUGAAUGAAUGGAAAGAGCAAGGCAAAGAGCUUUUUUAUCUUUGCAUUUCUUUCCUGUAGACACUAAGAGCAUCUUUCUCCUUUUCCCCUGCCCCCAGCCCUGCUGACUGCAACAGGGAGAAGGAGCAGUCCCAGAUAGGUUACAAGCUUUGUGGCACAUUUUAUGGCAGAGUUUCUUUUCCAGUAUAGAGCCUAGCAUGACACCUGGACAAUUCUCAUCACCAGGAAAUGAACCCUAGUGACAUUUUUAACUUGCACAUAUGGUUAAACGGUUGGUGGAGAGUGUUCCUUGGAAAGCUGGAAGGCAAAGGGGCGGUUUUCAAUGCCAGCAGUGCCACAAACAGGUACUUCUCUUUAAAGAGUAUUUCAGAACACACUGCUGUGGUCUGUGAAAGUUUCCUGUAAUCUCCAGAUGAAAGGACAAAUGCCCUUUCUCCAAAGAGCUGCUCAGCUUUGAUGCUUAUGAUGUGACUGCUGCAGCCAAGGCUGCUGCUUGGCUUAAGUGCCAAGGGGGAGCAUCACUGUGUCUCUACCAUUUUGAAAACUGGACACAUUGUCCCCUCACUCCUCCCCACAAACAAACACCAGCAUCUCCUACACAGCAUGCACAAGGUCUAAAACAAACAAAAGGCAUCAGAGAGGCCUUCCACCUCAACAAAGAGGGAUCUAGAAAUGAACGAGCAUUUUAAUUUCUGGAGAACCAGAAAGCAGGGGCCUGUGGAGCUGUUUCCCAGUCUGGUCAUUCUUACAGGCGUUAGCCAGCUUGUGAGGCGGCACAGAGCUCUGCUUUCUUCUCUUGCACAACGUGUUUUUGAACUGGAAUUUUUUUUUGAGCAUGGACAGGGACUAUUGAUGCCAAUGACCACUUUUUGAGGAGUGAAAAACACUCCUCACACAGCUACGUGAAGCCAGGAACCAUGUGGUUCAAAGCAGAGACAUCCAACUCUUGGAAGACAGGUGCAACCUACAAAGGAGUUUCAAGUCCUGACUAUAAGACAAAUGACUGGGUUUAAGCUUAACCAGAAGAUGAAAAAUGCUUCCAUGAGGAGAAACGAGAGUCUGCAAGAGAAAUCUACGGUACUCGGAUAUUUUCCUUUCUCUCCAUUUAAACUGUUAGCUUUCUUGUUAAUCAAACCUUUAGGUUAAAAAGCCAGUCCUAUUUGUAGAAGUCCUGAUGGCAGUCAAAGCACAGUGUGAUUCAUGUGCCUGAAGAAGCUGAUACAGCAGACUCACUUUCUUGUGGAAAAGCAAGAUAUAGAAAUCAGAAGCCCACUUUGGAUCCCGACAUCAGCCAGUCUGAAUUGGCCUGUUGCUGUUUGCAUGGCUGAAGAUCUGGUGUUAAAUGGGUCGAAUCGUUGAGUGGCUUCAGGGGGGACCAGUCUAAGACAGGGGGCUUUGUUGCUGAAGCAGUAGGUACCACUUCUGUGGAAUAUGCCUUCUCUCAUAAGGAAACUAAGAACAGAUGAGAAGAUGUCUUGGGCAAGACAUGUCUUGGGCUGUAGAAAAAUGAAUGACGGAAAGUUCUGUUAUGCCUGUGAUGACAAUGCCCUGGAAAGAAAACUGCUUCUCAGAGCCAACAAAAGGAACCAGGAUUUCUAUAAGAACAGAGAGGCAGCUUAAGGGGACAUUCUCCGCUUGAAAUCUGAUCAGUGUUAAAACCUGAGUUAAAAUUAGUUUCAGGAAUGGUUCCUGCCCUUGGGGCUUGCUGUCAGAUGUUAUGAUUUUACAGUCUUGUUUUCCUAGUUUAUUAAAAUGUUUAGCUGCUUGGGAAAAUGAGAAACAGUCUCAUGUGAAAUUUUUCAGGAGACUGUCUAUUUUUUCUUCCCCUUCAUGAUUUUCUGAUGUAACAGCUAAAGAUUUUGGAAAGGUUCCCCUACCUCUACUGAAUUUUUUUUCUUUCUUUUUUAUUCCCCUCCCCCCCUCCUUUGCAGUAAAAAGCCUAUCCCAAGAACUAGAAGGGAUGGAGACAUGUUUUUUUCUUUUUACUGGGAAAAAUGGGGCCGAAGUCAAAGGUGUUGGCAUGACCCUGCUGUUGUACAACAUUAAGUGUAGUUCAAGGUUUCAAGUACAGAGAUCUCAGGCUGCCCAACACCAUAGCAACGAACAGCAUUAAUUGUGUUUAAACUGUAUCCUGAAGAUCUAGAAAAAGGAGAAGGAGGGGAAAAAAGCAGUUACAGUAUUUGAAAUGUAAAGUAUUAAGUGAGUCUUUCAUGUUAACAAUGUCUUUUCUUCACUUUCCCUUUAGCUGUGAAGAAUUUUUAUAAGGAAACCCAUAGCUGACAGUGCAGAAAAUGCUAAUGACUAUCCUUUCUUUAGAAGGAAAAGAGAAGUUAGCUGAAAUAGGUGGGAAAUUGCAGUUGUUGCUAAAGGCUUGAAGGGGAUAGAGAAGAAUAGGGAAGCUAGACAAUGCUUCUGUCUCUGGUGCCAACUCCUCUUAACAACUCUGCUGCCGAAGGAAAACAGAUUUCUUAGCCUCUGGGAGAUUUAGCAAACUUGUACCCCGAUUACAGCCUUCAGCUCUUUCUGCAGGCCUCUUGCAAAAGGUGCAGCCUUCAAAAGACUAGCAGUUUACUAAACAGAAGCCAAAAGGUGAGAAAUAGGAAUGGAAAGCAAGGAGGUUGGAAGGAAAGAAACCAUCAGCUAGGGCCUAGGAGGAGAACAUGGGAAUUUAAGCUCUGCAUUGAAAGUGUUUUUUGGGAGCUGCCCAGCAGCAGUGGGAAAAGGGGUGUUGCCUGGACCCCCAUCUCUGGAUGUUUUUGUGAUCAGAACAAUGGUAAUCCUCCAAUGCCACAGUGGAUGCCAGUCUGUAGGUGAGAGUUCACGCUGAAAGAGGCGGUAAUCAGGACUGUUCAGUCCUAUUGGCCCCCCAUUUUUUUUUUCAAAUGAAUGCCCCAGAAAAGCUAAUAUGUUUUCAUCUGGCAGUUAUGCUUAAUUCCUAACAGCAGUUUUGGCCUCUGAACCUGCAGCUUUCCUCUACCCUUGCUUACAACACUGGCUCUUCAGACAGUCCAGGGUUGGGAUCAGCAGCUUUUUUCAGCCAUUCAUUUAUUUUUUGUUCGCAAUCCUUGAAUAACCCUAGAAGACAACUGAGUUGCCAUUUUGCGCCCCUGGCCACCUGCGCUCUACACACCAGCCUUCUCUGACUCCUAGGCACUACAUUCUUGUUUACAGUAAGGUGACUGGAUGUACGCUUUCAAAUGAACUCAAAACAAGGCUUGAACUCCUAUUUCUGUAUCUAUAGUGAUGCACCUUCAUGCCUGUGCUCUGCUAUGCACUCCUUUCCUAACUGUCCCCCAGUCAUUAACAGUAAGCAGUGGGCUCUGUGUGUAGUUAAACUAUGGAACUCAUUGGUGCAGGACAAUGAGUCAGUCACAGCUUUGAAUUAAUUAGAAAGAAAGAACCACACAAUGAGUGGAAGUAAGCUCCUACUAAGUCCAAGCUGAUGAUAAGAUCUCUCUGCCCAAAAGUAACUCUAACCAUCCCUAGAAGGAACCAGGAGGAGUCCCUAGAGGGACAAUCUCUGUUUCUGAGGGUGCAACUUUAUGAAAGGUUAAAACUAUGUUUUUCAAACUUUUUGUCUGAGUUAGUUUUCAGCCUGUCCAGCUCCCUAUCCAAAACUGUCCUCUAAUAUAGCUAUGUGAAAGAUUGUGCCAGCAGGAGGAAGGAUCAGAGCACACUUCUGGGGGUGGAUGCAAAAGUGAAUGGGGGGUGACCGCUCCAUUCAGUUAUUGCAAGGGCACAGAGAAGCAUGAACCAUCCAUAUGUUCUUCCCCUAGGCACCUACUAGCAGCUGGUGCCAGAGAUAGGAUCUGAUGCUAAUUGGGACUUUCUUCUGUCCCAAAUACCGCUGGGCUUAUGGCUUCACUGAAGAUGAUGUGACUGUUACCAUAGACAUAAGCAAGGCCAAGAAGAAGAGCAGUAUCACAAAUGUACAAAUAACUGUUUCUGUUCUCACCAGCUGAUGUAGGAACUUUUCCUCUAGUCUUUCCUGGGAGGUUAAAGGAGUGCAGGGCUGAGCUGUUGCUGCUCAGUUGGCAUUGCCUCUUAAAGACUGCUCCUUGACAGCCUGAAUUUUCUGUUGCUCCCUGUUUGAUCCAGCUUGGACUCCAAGAAAGCUGGGAACUCAUCUCUCCCUGUUUGAACUGUAUGUGAUUAAUUAUAGACCUCAAGAAUGGGCUGCUUGUCUAUCUCUCAUGUUUAAAUUGCCUUCUAAGAUUUUGCAAGGCUAAGGAGCCUCUUUCGAUGUUGUGCCUGACCGUGCUUUGGUCAAGCAUCCCUUGGUUUUGCUGGGAGCUGCAUCUGA